UGCGAUCUCGCCUACAACGGAAACAUAGAGAAUGUUCGUUUUGUGGUUGCAUUGUGCUCCGUGUGCCUAAUUAAGGAAAUAAUGCUAGUAGUGAAAACUUGUAUAGACAUUCCGAAUGAGUUGAAGAGACGUCCAAGUGCCCCACCGUCAGCGGCCCGUUCCCCAGUUUCCUUGCAUUCAAAUGCGACUGUAAAAACUCAUGCGUCGUUGUCGUGGGACGAGCGAGUAUUGGACAUGAUGCGCGACUUUGAGAAGAAUCGCAAUCGUAGCACAAGAAAGAAGAGGGGGGAUGUUUUAACGAAAAUUAUUGGAGAUCUGACCAUCGAUUCAGUGCGGUUGGAAUCAAUACUAACAGAUUUAUACGUUUCCUUGAUGGUGCAGUUAAUCGAGGUGACACAGCAGCAUAAUCCAAAUUAUGAGCGUGGCUCAAAAGUUUUGCCACCAAUCCAAACUGCUCAGAAGAUUACCGUUCCUGCAGACAUAAUUGAUAUGAAACUGAGGAAGGCGAGCCUUGCUCUCAUGGAGUCGGACAAUGUCAAACAAAAUACGCAUAUUGUAAAUUGUACAUUGCACGAAAGCACCGCCAAACUAACUAGGUAA